AUGUCGGAUGUGCCUGAGGGGGAACGACGGGACGUUGAGAAAGGUGAACGUGCCAAGUCCGAGUGCGAGGAGGGCGUGGGAUCCGACGGGAAACCAAUUAUUUCUCAGCCGCCUUCUUCUGCCAAGUUGACCCAGAAUCCAUCGACCAGUCGAUUAUCUAUAUUGACCGCAGUUGAGGUCAGCUCACCUUCUACUCGAAUUAAACUUCCUGACCAACAUUCCAGCCUUUCGUCGGACACGUUGCCCAUUUCUGGUCCUUUUUCUUCGUCUCCACACCGGAUUCGACGUCAAUCUACGCUCGACCUUGAACCUACGCCAAGGCAUCGUAUUGAUUCCGGAGAACGAAAGCUUGGCUUCUCUACGAGCCCCAUUUUCUACAGAAGUCGACCACGCGCGUUAACAGAUCCAACGAAGACAAAAUUAAAGAUUUCCCAAGAACUCGACGAUCUGAUUGGAAGCAACGAUUCUGAAGGUAAAUCUGAUUCCUUGAAGAAGGAGAUUGAUCAAGAAAUCGACAACGAGGAGAGCAAGGAGAAUAAUAAAGUUCAUCAAAAAAGGAGACCAACUUUGGAGCAGAUUGAUCCGAACUUGGAAUUGGCGAUUGAUAUCCCGGAGGAGCCCGAUCAUCUUCAAUUCUUGUCGGUUCCCAGGCCAAACAAUCACAACUCUGAAGCCGACUCCAGUUGCGACGAACGGCCUUCUGACUCGUUGUUGAAAAUCCAGCCACCGCCCUAUCUCCCUAAUCUUCAAGUCACUGCUGUCAGUGAUUCCGAUUCCCUGACUGAUGCCGAAUCGGACGUCGACAAAUUCCUCGAGAAUCUAGCGAACUCCCGACGUCCUUCCGGCUUGUCAACGCACAGCUCUCGACCAUUCCCACCGAACCUUCUGCGGCCAGCACCUCGAUCCUCAUCCAUUUCUCCGAGUAUUUCAACACAAAGUCGGCGAAUCGGCAAGGAUUUCGGCGAAAGGCGGAGGAAACAACGCAGUGUCAGCGUCGUUAGUUAUUCCACCAAACGAAGGACUUCGAAUACACCAACUACCUUCUCCUUACCCACCCGAUUACGGCCGCGGAGUAUUGCUGCCGAAAGUGGGGCCGAAGAGGAUAAGGAAGACAAGGAAGUAAGUCGAGGGUGGGACAAUCCAAGACUCUAAAUUAAUAUCCCAAUCAACCGCAAGUUAAUUUCCAGAAGCCAGUUUUUUAUUCCAAGCUUCCUUUUUGCCUCAGGGUGCAAAAAAAGUCUUAAAAAAAGGUUGACAAGUCUCUCAAAAAUCCUUUGCAUAUCAAUGUUUCGGUCUUUAACGAGUUUACGAAAAGGUUUUGGAAACGAAACCUGUCAGUUCAACUUCCCCAAGUCUGUCUUAAAUAUUUGGCCAUGAACAUACGAACAGAAUUCGGAGUUCAAUAGUCUCGAUUCAUGUGGACGGUCGCUACAGCGCGAUCUCAAUACGUGAGUCCGAUUCCAUCCAUCUUCACCUAGUUAGUCAGCCAAAUUUCAUUAGUUUUCGUAUGGUGCAGACUGAAUGAAGGUUGUGCCAUUUAAAGAUAACUUUUGCUAAGCAUUUGGAAGUUCUUGACCGACAAUAAGGGCCCUUUCUAUUGUUUUAUCCUUCAAAAUUGUUCCUUCUUUUCAUACGUUUUGCUUUAUGUAACGGAAUUUUUUUUUUUGUUUCAAAUGGCGCGGUAAGUCGAAAUCUUCCCGUGGCAUAUCUUGUAUCGCCUUGAGAUGACCUAACCCAAACUUUAUAAUAUUUUUAUUCCCCAAACUUCAAUAAAUUACCUGGCCUCAUUUUUCACCCCAUUUUCGACUGCAAUAACUCCCCAUUUUACUGUACUCGGAAACUCCGGCCAGCCGCUCUCGCUUCGGCCAAGGGCCAAGUCGAGAGGUUGAAACGUCAGUUAUAAUUUAAAACCGUUAUUAGAUUGAUGUAAACGAGACUUGUUCUUCAUGAAAAAUUAUUCGCUCAUUUCUGCGGGAAAAGGAUCCGUGGAAACCGACAAAUUUUUGGGGGAAAGAUUUACCGCGCCAUUCUCCUGGGCCCAUUCUCAUGCGCUUUGUGUAAUUUAUGGCCGACGAGGAGGUAAGCGGAGAGAGAGGAGUUUAAUUCGACGAUAAUUCGGAUUCGGUUUGGAUUACUGUAACUUAGGGACGUUGGGAUGGGAAUUACUGUAUUCUUAAGAGCUUUGGGAUUGUUUUUGAUGUUACAAUUUCAUUUGUUACAUCUAUUCAUAAAGAUUAUGACAAAAAUUCCUUAUGACGUCAUACAUCCCACCCUCUCUUUUAUGGCUUAUCUCGCAAUGUCAGCCAUAAUGUCGGCUAAUCCCAUUGUAUUUGUUGUCUACAAGUGUAGAUUACUGGGUUUUUUGUUGCACUUACCCACUUCUCUCUUCAUACCUAACCUACGUUUAUUUUACUUAACCUAUCGAAACAGUUUACUUUAUAAAACACAGACGAAGUGCAUCUAUGCUCGGUGUAGAAAGGAUUUCGGUCCAUUUUGUGCUCUGAAGCCAUUUGCCAACAUCUUAUAAUCUUUGUGGGGUAAUUAAUUCCAUUUUAUGACUUAUGUAAUAGCCAUUGAGUCGGGAUAUAGGGGCUGUUGGGCUCGUAAGAUGGUGAUUUUCAGAUAAUUUUUAGAAGCUUUUUUUAGUUUAUAGGGCUCAGAGAAGAAACCGCAGCUUUAAAUUCUUCUUAAUCUAAAUUAGUCCCCAAAAUAGGUAAUCUUCAUUUCCGUAGGCCUUUUAUGUCCUCACGACUCCUCCAAGUUUUGCGAGGGCAUCUUUCGUCCCUGCCAAUUUGCAUAAAAUUAUGCGAAAAAACUUUUUCCGCAGUCCAUUUGUUCCAGAUUAUCCUGAAAACGGAGCAUUAAAAGUCGUUGACGGGCGUUGUAAUGAAACAAAUAGGGAGGAGGAGAGGAGAAGAUGCCCUCGGGGUAAAAUUAAGAAAGUGCUGAGAAUCCUGCGUCCCAAAGCUGACAUCCAAGACAUUUUGGGGGAAAAAUUGCAGAGAUCGGUUUACAAAUGAUGACCUAGGGGAGUUAAGGGGUUCAGAGCAGGGUAGAGUAAAAUACGUACAUAUCCUUGACUCUUCUUCCAUGAAUGUAGAGACCAGUUGCAGUGAGUACCAUUUUAUAAACAGUACUUUGGCAUUGAUUUUAGCAAACCAGUAUCUGCAGUUUUCAGUAAUGUUUUAUCCCUUUUCUAUAGUCCCCCGCACAGUAAAUUUGCCGUAUUUAAGUUGCUAUAGCCCCUUCCUAUAGUCAGAAAUCAGAGCCAACAUUUAUUUCGGGUUCUUCCUCUGUUUGCGUUUAACAAUAAGAGAACUAAAAUUGACCCGCUCUUUUCUUUAACACGUCGCGAACUCUGCCCGGAAACACGGUCCAUGAAUCGGGCUACAAAUUGAUGGUUGGUGGAUAAGUAAAGAGAAGAAGAAGAGUAGCCCGUCAUCGGCAUCUUCCACAUUCACAUCAGCUUUCUUUUUUUCAUUGUGUAGUUGUAGAGCAGAAUCUUAACUUCGUGACAAUUUAGCUGUCUAAAAUAAGACCUCUUCUUUUUAUCAGCUCAGAAUAAAUACUCUAAAGACCUUACGUACAUACCGGCCUUAGUGGCAACCCAUCUCCACUUGCAAUAAAAUGCCCGAACAUCCAACGAAUCGGAGUUUCGGCAUUUUCAAAUGAAAUCACAAUGAGUUAUGGUGGUAGGUCAAAGAGUCAUGUAAAAUAAUAACCGAAACCUACUUUUAUUGAGUCUAGGAAGGAUGGAAAAGUGUUGGCAAUGUCUGUGUACUAAUCGUUUUCUUUUAGGCCCACAAACUUCUCGACGGUUCACACCAGCUCCGCAUCGACGGACAUCACGUCGGAGGGGCCGGGCACGGCGGAGGUAGGUCGAACAUUGCAUUGAACAUAUUCCUAAACUCCGUCGUAUCCUAAUACCUUUACAAAAACAAAUCUGCGGAUAUUUUUUGUUGACAGUUAUCCGUGAAUAUCCGUAACAUCUCCCACCUGUCUCAUCGUUUCCAAUAAAUUAUUCAACUACACGCAAUACGACGAAAUUGUCUAAUCUUCUUCUACAACUUGCAAUGGCUCUCAUUGCAGAUAACAGUCUUGCAAUUUAUGUCAUUUUUUGGCCAAAGUUAUGACGUUUUAGGCCACGGCCACAAGAAAGAAUUUGGACCGGCCAUGAUUUUGUAUUACCUCGCCUCGGCGUUUCGCGCCCUCUACCCUCGAUUGGACGAUGAUUUCGUGGACAAGCUCAACUACUACUACACAACGACAAUACGUGAGUUUUGGGGCUUGGAAAUGGAGAGGAUAUAACUGUUUGUUCCUUUUUAGGGCUUUUGCCGUAUUGUAGACCAAAAUUUUUAACAAAGAUUAUGUUCUUCGGGUCUAACUCGACCUUUUCCAACGUAUAAUCAACCAUUUUCAGUGGCAUCGUUUGCCCUCCUUGUGUCAGCCAAGCAAUACGUCGGCUUCCCCAUCCAAUGCUGGGUUCCGGCCACAUUCACAGACGCUAUGGAGCAAUACACAGAGAACUAUUGUUGGGUUCAAAACACGUACUGGGUACCCAUGAUGGAGGAGAUCCCGCAAGAAGUCUACAACCGGCGGAAUCGACAGAUCGGCUACUACCAAUGGGUACCCUUCAUUCUGGCGAUUCAAGCCCUCUUCUUCUACAUUCCAUGUAUUUUGUGGCGAGGAUUGCUGUAUUGGCAUUCAGGUGGGUGAAGAUGGGGAGUCGGAAACGGUCGUAUUUCAGGGAUAAAUCUUCAGGGAUUAGUGCAGAUGGCUUGUGAUGCCAGGUUAAUGGAUCAGGACGUCAAAUCGAGGACAGUUUUCACAAUGGCAAGGCAUAUGCAAGAUGAAGUUCAGGCAAGUUGUAGUAAAUCAUGAUUUGCUAAGAGUAAAAUUUUAAAAAAUGCGGUUUUUGAGAUACCGUAUUCUUAAUUUCAGUUGACGCAGAUCGAGCGCCAAACGAAUAACCGCUUGGCCUUUCUGAAAGUCGGCAGGCAUUGCGGUUGGUAUGUGACGGCACUUUAUAUUGGAAUAAAGGUAACACCGUAUGCAUAAUGAUUCAUUCGUCCUUUAGGUGUUAUACUCACUGAAUGUCCUGAUGCAGUUCUUUUUGUUAAAUCAUUUAUUGGGUUCCAACGACCUGGCCUAUGGAUUCUCGUUGCUAACGGAUCUUGUGGCGGGGAAAGAUUGGGAGGAAACGGGGAUGUUCCCGAGAGUAACGUUAUGUGAUUUUGAGGUAAGUUGAGGAAAAAAUUUUCUAAUUUAUCAUCCGUUUUCUUUCAGGUCCGAGUUCUGGGCAACAUCCAUCGCCACACAGUCCAAUGCGUCCUGAUGAUCAACAUGUUUAACGAGAAGAUCUUCCUCUUCCUGUGGUUCUGGUUCCUCUUAAUUGGCGCUAUCACAGUGUUCAAUGCGUUCUACUGGGUGGGCAUAAUGUUCUUGCCGAAUCAGGGCGAAUCCUUUAUCCGAAAGUACCUCAGAGUCCUCAACGAGCAUCCCGGCAAGCCGAUCACCGACGACGUCUCGUUGCACAAGUUCACAAACAAUGUGUUACGGAAAGACGGGGUGUUUAUGUUGAGGAUGAUAUCAACCCAUGCUGGGGAGUUGAUGAGCAGUGAGCUGAUCUUGGCGUUGUGGCAAGACUACAACAACAUGGAUCGAUCGCCGAACCAGUUUUGGGAUACGGAACACGUGGAUGCGUGA